AUGGUGAAGGUCGUCGCUGCUUACCUCCUGGCUGCCCUGGGCGGCAACGCCACCCCCUCCGCUGAGGACAUCUCUAAGAUCCUGUCCUCUGUUGGGAUCGAGGCCGACAGCGAGCGUGUCGCUACUCUGCUGAAGGAGGUUGACGGCAAGGACAUCAACGAGAUCGUCGCGUCUGGUCUGUCCAAGCUGGCCUCCGUCCCCGCUGGUGGCGCUGCCCCCUCUGCCGGUGGCGCGUCCGCUGGUGCGGCUGCGGCCGAGGCACCCAAGGAGGAGGCCAAGAAGGAGGAGUCUGAGGAGGAGGAUGCGGUGAGUGGCAAUGCAAUGCUCUGA